GGGCUCUCUACGAACCCUGUGGUUCAUAGAUCGAGUCAAUAGGUUUUGUCAGUUAGGGGGAGAGUCUAAGUGGUGAGGAGCGGAACCGCCACUUGGUUGUGCAUCUAUCACCAUGGUUGACACGCGUAGUGGAACGAGCACCUCCCCUUACACCGCAGAGCAGGAGGCGAAGGUCGCCGCCAUCCUGAAAGAAAGAAGGGAGAAGGAGGCCAAGAAGAAGGCCUUAAUCGAGGAAGAGGCCGCGAAGAUGAGGAAGAUUGAGGAAGAGAUGGCCAGAGAGAAGGAGAGGCUAAAGAGAGAAGAGGAAGCGAAGCUCAAGGCGGUAGAAGAGGAGGAAGAGGAGGAAGAACAACCACUGGAAAGGCGAAGGGCAGGAGGACGAGACGUUUCGCGCACCGUCAAAGCCUCCGAUAGGUUGCAGACUAUCCAUUCUCGUCAAUGGAGGAGUGCCAAGGCACUCAAAGGUGUAAUGGAUGAGUUGAUAGUUGUUCCAAACCAUGGGGUCACAGAAACUCAAUUGGUCAACCUCUUCUACCGGGAUAUGCCCGAAUCGUUGCGUGGGCACUUCUUCGAGAAGAGCCAGCAGCCCACCAUGACCUACGACGCAUUGAGCAGGGAAGUGGUGGCGUUUGAAGCAAGGUCCAUGUCAGUCUCCACUUUCUGGCAUAAGGACCUGGACAAGGGGAAAAAGUGGAAGGGUCACACUAUCUCCGGACAAGUUAAGACCAAGGAUUGCUUGAUCCUUACGUUAGAUGAGGGUAGUGUUGACGAAGUCCCCUACGAGCAAAUCGAGUGGGGACUAGAGGAGGAGGACAGUGGUGUGAGCCAGGGGAGGACUUACGCUGUUGUGGAGGGAGGCCGCAAGGAGGAGGUAGAGGCCAGGGCCAAGGGGGUCGGGCCUCAGGUGGUCGUACCCAGGACGUUCAGGGGGUUGGCGACAGAGGAAACUGCCAAGAGGGAGGCAGGGGUCAAGGUCCCCGGCAAAACCGUUCUGGGAAUAUGUCGCCUAAUAGGGGUAACAGAUCACCCUAUAGGAGAGGAGGAUGGCACCCAGGUCUGCCACAGGGUAGGCCUUGGGAAGAUUUGGGCCUGGACCACCGCGUAUGGCAACAACGUGUGGACUAGGGGCAGUGCAUCUACUGCGGUGACCCUGGCCACAUCAUCAAAUAUUGUCCAAAGUAUAGAGAGGUCCGUUCGGCUGCGCAGGGGUCAAAAGGCAGCCGCCGGUAGGGGUAGCAACGGCCCCUACCAUAAGGCCAUGUGGGGAAACGAGCGCGAGCCGGCACGAAACUCCCACACCACAUGUGCCUAUGGCAGAGGUUGCAGGCCAUGGUUAGACAGGUUUGUAGUAAUUUACCUAGACGAUAUUCUAUUAUUUAGUAAGACCCUCCAAGAGCAUCAGGGUCAUCUGAGGCAGGUCUUGGAGAAGCUAAGAGAAGCGAACUUCAAGAUCAAUACGAAGAAGUGUGAGUGGGCAAAGACCCAAGUGUUGUAUUUAGGCCAUGUCUUAGACGGAGACGGCAUCAAACCCGAAGAUAGCAAGAUCGCAGCGAUUAGAGAUUGGCCUACACCCCGCACGUUGACAGAAUUGUGGUCGUUCCUAGGCCUAGCCAACUACUAUAGGAAGUUCGUGAGGAACUUCUCUACCAACGUUGCACCCCUUCGCAGGUUGUUGAAGAAAGAAGCGAUCUGGAAGUGGGACAAGGAUUGCACGUCUGCCAUGAAGAAGUUAAAGCAUGCGUUGAUAGAGUAUCCGGUCCUUAAGGUAGCCGAUCCAUCCUUAUCUUUCAUCGUUACAACUGACGCGAGCCAGUACGGCAUAGGUGUUGUACUACAGCAAGACGAUGGUCACAGAUAUAGGCCCGUAGAGUUCAUGUCUGCUAGGAUGCCUUCAGAGAAGGUAGCGACAUCUACCUAUGAGAGGGAACUCUACGCUCUCAGGUAAGCUCUAGAACAUUGGAAGUACUACUUGCUUGGGAGGCACUUUAAAGUCUACUCAGACCAUGAAACGUUAAAAUGGUUGAAGACGCAGGCCAAGAUAACAUCUAAGUUGACUAGGUGGGCCGCAGAGUUAGACCAGUAUGAUUUUGAGCUCAAGCCAGUUAAAAGGGAAGUAUAACGUAGUUGCGGAUGCUCUGAGUAGGAGAGCCGACUACUUUGGGGCAAUAGUUCACUAUCUGGACAUAGGGAGAGACCUGGAACAAAAGGUUAGAGAUGCG